UUGAAUGCACUAAUAAGAGUUAUAAAGUUAAAUAUUUUAUACUUUUAGUGCAGAUGUUUGAGUAUUAGAAUAGAGAAUUAGUAUCUGUGAAGUAAACUUAUUUUUAAAGCUUACAUUAGAUAUUGUUGAAAAUAGAAAAUUGUAGCUAAUCUGUGUAGAAACUAUUGCAAUAUUCGGAAACAGAGCAACAUUCAUCUUGACCAACCAAUUCACUGUGGGGAACGCAGAGGAUACCGUUAGUGCUGCUGCCGCUAGCACACCUACCGACAUCGCAUUUUCUGCACUAACACUGGCUUUUGAAGCAUAAAAUCAUGCGACACGAAAAUUGGUCAUAAUCGCUGAAUUUUUUUCUACCAAGACAAGGCAAGAUUUUAAACAGAACGCGCAAGAGAGCGAAAGAAUGUGUCGAAUGGCGCAGCAAAAGAAAAGCUAAAUGAAUCUCACACACAAUGAACGUGGCAAGAAACUAUCAACAAUCUCGAAAUUGAUCACAACCUAAAGCGCGCGGGCUUCCCAAAUCACCGACUAGAGCCAAACGAAGUUGUAACUUAAAAACACCAGCGUAUUAUAGCCAAGCGUAUGACGAAGGCGGUCGGUGAAGUGUUUUCAAUUGGAACCGCACCCGAGUGCCGAAGAAAGAGAGGAGAGAAAAGCACUCGAAGAAGAGACCCCCAACUUGUUUUCCACCUGCGGUAGCUCGCGGGCUCCAGCCAAGAGCAACAUACGAUUCCGUGAAAUCAGCAAAGGUAUGCUUUAGUUUCGUUUUGUAUCUCGAGGGAGCACGGUUAAUAGUGCCAGCCACCGACAGUUUAGGUGAUCAAAAACGCGAUCGUGGAAUUUUUAGCGCUUGGAAUUCCAAGCACGCCAGGUAUAGCACUACCGUUUGAGUGUGUUUCAGUCAAGAUUAUGUUCAGUUUUGUGCUCUCGGAGGUGCUUUGCUAAACUCUACUAGAAAUGGAGACAAAUUUAAUACGCGUAUUGGACGGUCAAGCCCUAGAUGAACUCACAAGUGAAUUGUGUGACUUUUCCUUAGAAGAACAGAAUGCGGCCACAGAGGCGCAAGGAGUUAAGCCGCUGGCCUCGUCGGACUAUAUUCCGAUUAUCGGAAAAUCAGUAACUUAUGUGGUGGCUUGCGUUAUUGUUAACGACAGGAAUGAAGUGCUAAUGAUGCAAGAAGCUAAAGAAUCCUGUGCGGGAAAGUGGUAUCUGCCUGCCGGUCGAAUGGAACCUGGCGAAACUAUUGUGGAAGCUGGAAUGCGAGAAGUUCUCGAAGAGACCGGAUUAAAAGUGGACAUCACAACACUGCUUGCUGUAGAAUCAGCCGGUGGUACUUGGUUUCGAUUCGUUCUAACGGGUAACGUCGUGGGUGGUGAUCUAAAGACGCCUUCUCAAGCUGACCAAGAAUCAAUACAGGCCAAAUGGGUUGAGAAUCUGAAUGAACUAAGCUUAAGAGCAAACGAUAUUCUACCUAUUAUAGAUCUGGCCCGUAACCAUAAACGGCGCAUUCCCAAAGAUCCAAACUGGCACAGAAACAUUCUUCCAGCAAACAAACCACAUUACAAAAACUAUCUACGGAUAGUGGUAGCCAUUAAAAACAAAUCAACCAACCAAAUCUUUAUCCUGCUCAGCGAAAAAACCGCUUACCAUUUUCCGACCGUAGAGAUUCAUCCCGGGCGUAGCAUCCACUCGACGCUGAAGAAGUUCAUGAUCGAGCUGUUCGGUGCCGAUUUACCUCAGCACAGACCACAUGGCGUUCUGAGCGUUGAGCACCACACAACCAAUUCGCAGCCAAAUCCGACAGAUGGAAUCUGCGUUACUGUACUCGUCGUUUGUCGGCCAUCGAUCGAAAGCGUGUCCCUCAUCGGUAAAUGUAUUUGGCACGAACUGAACAAGGAACUAGGUGCACGAUUAGCGAUGACCGUUGCUGCUAAAAAUUCCACACUGUCGCUUCAUGUCGUACGAUAACUGAAUGCGUGAUUUUUUUCAAAUUCUCCCUCUGGUCGGUUGUCAAUGCUUUAAAUUAAGAUCUGCGAAAAUGAGUUUUCUCUUCGGCAUAAUUUUCAUAGACAAUUUGAUCUUCAAUGAAUGCGUGCUUGCGUGCUUAGAUAAGGCAGCAAAAAAAUUUUUAAAGAUCGAUCCGCGUGGCUAACUGCAGUCAUAAUUAGUGGUUGAACUUAGAAGCUCGUACAAAACAUGUAAAUCGCAGUAAUUUUUUUGCCAAUGGAAUCUUACCGCAGCUCUUUUAUUGCUUUCGACUAAAUGUAUGUGCAUCGGACAUGAAAGGCAACAGCUAGCGAAUAGAAAGGUAUUUUUCAAAGAGAAAUAAAACUGCAAAAUGCUGAUUAAUUCCGCUCGCCCAUUUCUUUGCCGAAGAAAAGAAAAUUGCAAUUGGGUCACGGUGAAAAUACAAAUAGGUACAUCAAUUUCGAAAUUCGAUAGUGCUUCCAAGAGGAACAAAAAGUAAAAUAGGCUUAACACUAGCAGCAUUAAAUUUCGAUGCACUUUGAAAUAUAAUAAAAAUAAAAUUCUCUAUUAUCAUGUAAUGGUUUGUAUAGUUUUAGAAA